UUCUGCACGAUAAUUAUACGUCAGUGUCAAAUACAAACAAAGACGGAAUUGCGAAGAGGUUAUGUGUUUUAAAAUCGGAUAAAAGAUAACAAAAAAUAAGCGUAAUUAAAUAUUAUCAUGGAUAUAUUGAGCGAAGUUUACUACAAGAGCGCAGCCGAAAAUGAAAGGAAUUUUCGUUUCUGGGAGAAUUAUUUACAGAGUUUGAAGAAUUUAGAUUUCAGUGAAUAUAGUGACAAGUUAAAGGUUCCUAUUUUAGUUCCAAUUGGUAGCAGGAUAUUGUUUAGGGGAGAGCUGAAACAUACAAAUGAAGUAACUGUUGCUCUGGGGGCUGAUUACUUCACCAAAUGUUCACUGAAACAAGCUGAAGUGCUGCGACAACAUAGAAUCAAAGAUGCUCAAUCUAAACUGGACAUCUUCCAGAAAGAAAAAGACUAUCUAGAAAAUCAGAUGUCAUUUACAAAGAAAAAUGUUUUUGAAAAUCAAGGGAAGGAAAUUAUUGAGUACUAUAGUGAAGAGGAUGAUAAAGCAUGGCGGUUGAAACAUAGAGAAAAUGUACGACAAUACAUACAAAACAAAGGUAAAGAAGAGAGGACUGAAGCAGAAGAUAUAACAGACGAAGAAUUAUGGAACAGACUUGAAGAGCUGGAACUGCAAGAAGAAUUAGAAAAUGAACUAAAUACAGAAGAUUACAAUCAAGACUUACCUACAAUUAAACAAGAUAAAGACAAUUCAUUAAUCUUAGAUGAAAACUUCUCCAAAACAGACCAACAAGAACAGUAUGAAAAAACGAAUCUUGAAAAGAGUGAAAAAGAAAUAAAUGCCAAAAGGGUUACUUUUAAAGAAAGUGAAACUUCGGAAGAAUCGUCAAAAAGUGACAUACUACAGCAUAUCAUGGAUAGACAGAAUGAAUUAGAGGAAAGACUAUUUGAAUUAAAGAAUAGAGAGAGGGCACAAACUAAAAGUGAAAAUGAUUUGAUGUCAAGGCUGGAUGAACUUGAACAACUUGAUGAACUGGAAGAUGAAAUGAACAGGUUAGAAGAAAUCAUUGAAAAUGAAGAUGUGGAAGAAGAAGAAGAUGAUGAAGAGGACUCAGAUAUACCAGAACCACAUAAGCUUGAAAGAAGGGUUUCCUUUAUUGAUGAGGAUGACAGUGAAACAUUAGAGCUCACUUUCAAGCAUAGUCCUGUAGAACCACAGCAUGAACCUUAUGACCCUGCCAAAGGUAUACAGAAACCUAGUGAUGUCUAUGCAGCACAUUCCAACCUCUUUGGGACCACAUCCAUCCUCAAAAAGUCAAAGUAUGAAGCAGUAGCUGAACCAAAAGUGAAAAAGCAGAAAAUUGUACUGUUUGAUAGUCAGGAUAGUGAAAGUGAAGAUGAAGAAAAUGAAGCUAUUGUGGUGAAAGAUGUUGUUGAAAAGGAAAAACAGUCAAAACCUGUUUUGUUAAGCCAAGCAAGGCCUACAAGUUUGUUUAAGAAGAAAAGAAUGCAAAAGAAAUCCUAAUAAAUCAAUGUAAAGGGCAAAAAUAUAAAAUUAUUAAUCCUAUUAU